AUGCCUCACCAUGAGUCCGAGUCUCCUGUGCUGAGCCACCAGCCCUUGAGCACCAUGGGCGGCUCCAAUGCGCCUCCGAAGCCGCCGCAGGACGCGGAGGUUGCCGAGGCGCUCGACAUUGCCCGCGAGAAUCCGGACGGCGCCUCUGACCCGAUGGUCAGAAAGAUCCUGGAGUACGCGUUGUCACAGAUCUGGUGCAAGGUCAAAGCCUGGCCAGACUGCUACGUCAUGGCCCGAGAUGAGUUCGCAGUCUUCAACUACUUCCAGCACCGGUUCAUCGGCGACAAGGACGCCGUAGCCGCUAGGAAACGUUACUGGGACAACCUCCUGGCUUAG